AUGCGCGAGUCCAACUUUGCUUUUCCGGCUCAAAACAAGGCAUGCGUUUGUAUAAGUUCUCAAUUGUACGACAGACGAGCGCUAGAUACGUCGUCGGCGUUACCCUUGUUCAACUCGCUGACGCAUCUUACCUAUCUAACUUCGACGUCACCGCGAAUCCGUGAAAUCAUGACUAUGGACGGCGGCCUGGAACGGCUUGUCAAGAUUCUGCACGAAUUCUGUCUCUGUCCACCGCCACCUGAAAAUCCGGCUCUCUUCUAUGGCCUGUCGCCGCCCAACGCCCGGCCUCAGAAACUAACUCCAGCGCUUAAUCCACCGUCUUUUGACAAGCAUGCCGCCUAUCGUUUCUCUCUUGCAUUUCAGUGUGUUGUGAAUAUAGGUGUACGCGGUAGCGAGCCUAUCCGAAGUCGUGUCGUUCAGGCGGGUACUCUCGAGGUCGUGGGAUGUAUUUUAGAAGCAUGGCUCGCUAAGAAGGGCUUUGCGGUCGGCCCGAGCUCUAGUGCUACGGGGCUGCCUCGAGAGACUAGGGAGCAAAGACACGCUCGGAGGCAGGCCAUCGCUGAACAGCGUCAGAGAGAGGAGGCGGUUGAGCUGGCGAGGGCACUGCAGAGGCAGAUAUCAGUCGAAGCUUCGCAGUCCAAUACACCCGUAACAAGUGACACUGAUGCUGAUACUUCCGCCGAGGUAUCUACGACCGUGACGCCUCUCGGAUCCAAUACUCCUACCGGCAGCGUUGUAGUUCCCGGUCGGGAUCGUAGUGGGACUAUCAUUGCCCGGCCUGUAUGGGAUCCAGCACCCGCAGUCAGGUCUCCAAACACAGUGGGUGCAGUACGACCCACGCCUGUCCCCGGUGCUCGACGGCGCUCCCGAGCUUCUCCAUCACCCUCAACUUCCACAGACACCUCACGGGCCGAGACAGAAACCGAAGACGACGGCGACAUCGACAUGGACCAACCAUCACGCGCUGCGGAUGAUGAUCCAUCAACGUCGACUUCUGCUUCUGCUUCUCCAUCUCCAGAACGUCAUUCUCAUCACGGAUCGCUUGGACGCCGCGCGGUUGGCAUAGUCUCUGACGCACCUGCGACGCAGGUGGACUUGAAUACGGAUGCACACAUAAUUAUUAAUGAUGCACGAAGCGAGGUUAUGGUCGGCGGAGAUGGGGGUGUCGAGGAAGGUAUCGUAUCAUUGGAGCAAAACGAUGAUUUUGCAAUGGGGGCCCCUCCUGGUGCUCCUGGUGCUAUCGAUGAACCGCCUCAUGUAGGUAUGAGAGAACCGACAAGGAGGCGGACGGCAGACGCACCUCCAGAAGCAACACCUCGGCCAGGGACUGCCCCUCUUCCUUUGCCUCGCGGCCCCGUACAACGUACUGGAACCGUUCGCGGGAGAACUGAUGCGGCUGGCGGUACUGAGAUCGGCGGCACGGCGCGCUCAAGCCAUCACCAUCAUCAUCACCGAGAUGCUGAGUCUGGUCCUUACAGAGACGAAGAUGUUCUCCUCAGCUUGCAGCUUCUUGCAUAUUUAAGCAAAUACCCACAUGUCAGGCAGGCGUUUUAUGAGCCUCGAUUGACGUUUCAUCCAGCAAGCGCGAAUCUAUCCGGCGGGAGGUAUGGUUCUACUACGACGUCGCCCGCCCCGUCGAUCAAAUCGACUUCCUCAUCGAGCACAUUGACACCUUCAUCUACAUCAGGGUCAUUCUUCCGAGCCUUCAGAGGAAGGGACAAAGAGAAAGAGAAAGCACCGCCUGUAGUUCCGCCCGCUCCUUCUGGUAGCCCGAGGCAAACAAACGUGUUCUCGCUUGUAGAACGAUUUACGUUCAGGCCUAGUUCGACUGAGACUGAUAUGCCUAAUCCUCCUCCGCGCUUACCCCCGGAGAUUCAAUACUGGGCUGGAGUUAUUAUGAGGAAUGCGUGUCGGAAGGAUGAGAGCCGGGGUGGGAUACGACAGUGUGCUAAUAUGCUAUGUGGUCGGUGGGAAGAGUAUCCCAGAGAAUUCGCCAAGUGUCGACGGUGUAGGAAGGCCAAGUAUUGUGGAAAGGAGUGUCAGAGUACGGCUUGGAGUGAGGGACAUCGGUUUUGGUGCAGUGCGAAGGAUGCAGAUGAUGAUGAUCCAUCGCAUCCUCCUUCUGGGCCUGCGCCUGGCAGUGAUGGAAACGGCGGGUCGGCUGGGGAUGGAGGCGGGACUGGUACUGCGCGCAGGCCGAGGACACUUGGAAAUGUUGGAGCGGCUCCGCCCGCUGGAGGAACAGGAGGCGGCGGCGGUACGAGACUUACCGGUGGAGCAACGAGGACUGCUGCUACUGGCGCUCAUCAACCUACUGCCAAUGCUAUAUUCGUCGGACAAGGAGACCCCCGACCGGUCCAGGUACCAGUCACGACCUACCGACCCAGAAGGGAGAGACGAUUGCCGUCAGAUGCGCUCUUGAACGUUCUAAGCGAAGACCAGGAUGCUAGGAGAAGACGAGCCGAAGCUAACCAGACGGCGACUGUCACCCAGGACGUCCUUGGGAUACUAAGGCCGCCAGGGCCUGGUCCUCAUUCGCAGUUACAAGGACUCAUGAGACCAAGACCAGAUGUUGACCUUGAUAUGGUGCUGGGUUGA